AUGGGCAGGACGUUUUUCGUUGGCGGCAAUUGGAAAUGCAAUGGAACCAGUGAAGAAGUGAAGAAGAUAGUGUCAACACUCAAUGAUGCUCAAGUGCCUCCAUCUGAUGUUGUUGAGGUUGUUGUAAGCCCUCCAUAUGUGUUUCUUCCUUUGGUGAAAAGUUUGUUGAGGCCUGAUUUUCAUGUUGCGGCUCAAAAUUGUUGGGUUAAGAAGGGAGGUGCUUUCACCGGUGAAGUGAGUGCUGAGAUGCUUGUGAAUUUGGAAAUUCCUUGGGUCAUUCUUGGUCAUUCCGAAAGGAGAAGUCUACUAAAUGAAUCAAAUGAGUUUGUGGGCGAAAAGGUUGCAUAUGCACUUUCUCAAGGGUUGAAGGUAAUAGCUUGUGUUGGUGAGACUCUUGAGCAGCGGGAAGCAGGUUCUACCAUGGAGGUUGUUGCUGCACAAACCAAAGCAAUUGCUGAGCGAGUAUCAAACUGGGCUAAUGUUGUCUUGGCAUAUGAGCCUGUGUGGGCUAUUGGAACAGGGAAGGUGGCAACUCCUGCUCAAGCACAGGACGUGCAUUUUGAACUGAGGAAAUGGCUUCACGCAAAUACCAGCCCUGAAGUUGCUGCAACAACCAGGAUUAUUUAUGGAGAAAAGACCUGUGAAUCUGAAAUCCGAGCCAAACCUUAUGAACCACACUUGAAAAGCCGGUCUAGCGUAAAAGAUUGUAUCAUGCUUGGUCCAGAUGGAUCAAUAUGCUUCCUUGAUCUAUCUAUUCAUAGCAUGGGCACCAUUACAAUACUCAGGGAACUGAUUGAACCUGAAGCUUAUUGCAAAUUAGACUGUGCCUUGGGUGGGUCUGUUAAUGGUGCAAACUGCAAGGAAUUGGCAGCAAAACCUGAUGUUGAUGGCUUUUUGGUUGGUGGUGCCUCCUUAAAGCCGGAGUUCAUUGACAUUAUCAAGGCUGCUGAAGUCAAGAAAAGUGCCUGA